AGACCUUCCCUUGAAAAUUUCCACCAAAUCAAGGAAGAAACAUAACAUAACACACACAUGAAGAAUUCCAGGAUGAAAAGGUUUGUGUCUCUUCCUGUGUUAGGAGUGUUGUCGUUGAUGCUAUUUGUGUAUUACACAACAAUCUUCAUCCUCCUUGAUGAUUGGGUCGGUUUACGCACUUCUCCUGGCACAUUGAAUUCCUUCUUCUUCACUCUCUUCGCUUCUCUCUCCCUUUUCUCUUUCUUUCUUUGCGUUCUCACUGAUCCUGGUCAUGUUCCUUCUUCCUUUUAUCCUGAUGAUGUUGAAUCCACCGCAAAUGCCAAAGAUAAUGCAGAACAGAAGAAAUGUGACAAAUGCUUUGGAUACAAACCUCCAAGGACUCAUCAUUGUCGAGUCUGCAGAAGGUGUGUUCUGAAAAUGGAUCAUCACUGCUUGUGGAUAAAUAAUUGUGUUGGUUAUUGGAAUUAUAAGGCUUUCUUCGAUUUUAUAUUUUAUGCCACCUUAGCAAGUAUUUAUUCUAUGGUCCUGUUUAUAAGCUAUGUACUUCAGAAGGAAUGGGGACACAAUAAAGAGAGUUCUCUUAAGCUCUUUUAUGUCAUGUAUGGAACGAUAGUGGUGGGCUUGACCAUAACCCUUUUGACUCUUACUGGAUGGCAUGUCUACCUUAUUCUUCAUAACAUGACAACCAUAGAGUAUUAUGAAGGAAAUCGUGCAAAAUGGCUGGCUACGAAGACUGGACAGAGCUACCGGCAUCCAUACAACAUUGGCGCAUACAAAAACAUUACAUUGAUUUUAGGUCCAACCAUGCUGAAGUGGUUAUGUCCUACAGCAGUGGGUCAUCUGAAGGAUGGAGUUAGUUUCCCUACAUUACGUGAUAAUUCAUAAACCUUUUGUAUCGGACAAAGUACCCAGUCAACAGAAGGUCAUGCCUAUUGGUUUUGAAAUGAAGAAUUGAAAGCUCUUUCAUCUGAAUUUGAUUCUCAGACGACAGUUUACAGAGAAAAGGCAAUUGAUCCUGUAUGCAAGCAUUGAAAAGUAAGCUUACACAAUACCUUGAUAGACCCCUCUACCAAAAAUGAGUAACUUUAGGUCUUUUAUCAGCUAGGCUCCAUCAUAGAUUGUUGAGAAUAGAAAAUUUAUUUGCAGAUCAUGUAAAUCAGGUGAAUAUUUUUCUGUGAUUUUAUUCAUGGCAAUUGGUUUUUUUAGCACA